ACGCCAAGACGCUAACGCCCGAGAAUGGCGGCGGCGGCGGUGGCGGCGGUGGCCGCGGCCACUGCCCGGAGAUGGCCCGCAGAGCCACCAAGACGCCGAAGAGCCCGCCGCCCGCGCGAGGCUGGAGUACAACAGUGCCACCUCUGCUCACCACAACAUCUGCCUCGUGGGUUCAGCUGAUUCUCCUGCCUCAGCCUCCUGCAAUACUGUGCUUCUAAUCAGGGUAGAUUUGGUUGGCCAUACCCCUAGAAGAGAUUUGGAAUCCUGACUCACUAAGGGGUGUAGACGGGGCACUGCCUUCAGAGCAGGUCCUGCCAGCCUCUCUGGAGAGGAUGCCCUCGUGUCCGUGAUGGGCUGUGGGACAAGCAAGGUCCUUCCUGAGCCACCUAAGGAUGUCCAGCUGGAUCUGGUCAAGAAGGUGGAGCCCUUCAGUGGCACUAAGAGUGAUGUGUACAAGCACUUCAUUACAGAGGUGGACAGUGUUGGCCCUGUCAAAGCCGGGUUCCCGGCAGCAAGUCAACAUGCACACCCCUGCUCCAGUACCCCAACUGCUGGCCACACAGAGCCUCCCUCAGAACCACCACGCAGGGCCAGGGUAGCUAAGUACAGGGCCAAGUUUGACCCACGUGUGACAGCUAAGUAUGACAUCAAGGCCCUAAUUGGCCGAGGCAGCUUCAGCCGAGUGGUACGUGUGGAGCAUCGUGCAACCCGGCAGCCAUAUGCCAUCAAGAUGAUCGAGACCAAGUACCGGGAGGGGCGGGAGGUGUGUGAGUCGGAGCUUCGCGUGCUGCGUCGGGUGCGUCAUGCCAACAUCAUCCAGCUGGUGGAGGUGUUCGAGACACAGGAGCGGGUGUACAUGGUGAUGGAGCUGGCCACGGGUGGAGAGCUCUUCGAUCGCAUCAUUGCCAAGGGAUCCUUCACCGAGCGUGACGCCACACGGGUGCUGCAGAUGGUGCUGGAUGGCGUCCGGUAUCUGCACGCACUGGGCAUCACACACCGAGACCUCAAGCCUGAGAAUCUGCUCUAUUACCAUCCAGGCACUGACUCUAAGAUCAUUAUCACCGACUUUGGCUUGGCCAGUGCCCGAAAGAAGGGUGAUGACUGCUUGAUGAAGACCACCUGUGGCACGCCCGAAUACAUUGCCCCAGAAGUCCUGGUCCGCAAGCCCUACACCAACUCAGUGGACAUGUGGGCGCUGGGCGUUAUUGCCUACAUCCUGCUCAGUGGCACCAUGCCCUUUGAGGAUGACAACCGCACCCGGCUAUACCGGCAGAUCCUCAGGGGCAAGUACAGUUAUUCGGGGGAGCCCUGGCCUAGUGUGUCCAACCUGGCCAAGGACUUCAUUGACCGCCUGCUGACAGUGGACCCUGGAGCCCGUAUGACUGCACUGCAGGCCCUGAGGCACCCGUGGGUGGUAAGCAUGGCCGCCUCUUCAUCCAUGAAGAACCUGCACCGCUCCAUAUCCCAGAACCUCCUCAAACGUGCCUCCUCGCGCUGCCAGAGCACCAAAUCUGCCCAGUCUACACGUUCCAGCCGCUCAACACGCUCCAACAAGUCACGCCGUGUGCGGGAGCGGGAGCUGCGGGAGCUUAACCUGCGCUACCAGCAGCAGUACAAUGGCUGAGCUGCCUGGCUGUGCGCAUGUGCGGCACGGCCCAGCCUGGCCACACACUGUGAUGCGCUCUGGCUCCGAUGCCCUUUCUGGCGAUAGGCCUGUGUGACCCGCAGUAGGUGAAGAAUGUCUGGCACCAGCCCCUUCCCUGUGCCUUCAGCAGCCCCUGUCCUCACCAUGGGCCUAGGCCAGAUGUGAGAGAGUGGAGGUAGCCCAGGGGGCUGUGACCCACCCUGAACUCGGAGCCUGGCCUGGCACUGAUACCCCUCUUGGGCAGCUGCUCUGGAGUUUUGAAGGGAUAGGACCUGGCCUUCACUGUCUUCUUUGCCCUUUGGCUCUUCUCAAAUCAAAGGGGGCCUGCAGUGCAAGGUGGAGGGUGUCCUGUGGCCUCAGGACCCUUUAGGACAGUUGCUUCUGGGACCCCCUUUCCUUCACAGAGCCCUCCCUGGCUCCACACAUUCCCACACAUCCUGAUCCUUAAGAUUAUGCUCCAAUGGGAGAUCCAGGUAGGCACAAAGCUUGUGCCCUGUCUGGACCGGUAGCCCUCAGCUAGAUCCAAAUAGCCCUCCACCUCCCAGCCAAGAUCUGUCUUCCUUCAUGGUGCCCCCAGGGAGCCCUCCUGGUUCCAGGACCUGCCAGGACCUCUGGUAGUGGGGCCAUGGAGUGGACCUUCACCCUUCUGGACUGUGUGGCCAUGCUGGUGGUCGGCUUGCCCAGGCUCCAGCCUCUCCAGACUCUGAGGGGGUCUCUGCCCACCAGCCCACCACCCUUGGUGCCUUCUUUGUAGAGCCCACCACUACCUCCCUCUCCCCCUUGGAUGCCCAUUCCAUUCCCCAGGUGCCUCCUUCCCAACUGGGGGUGGUUAAAGGGAGCCCCACUGCUGCUACCUGGGGGAUGGGGCAGAGGGCAGGGGGCUCCUUCACAUUAGGGUCCAGUGUCAGCCCGGAUUCUAUCUUUUGGUGCAGCCCAUUGCCCCUUCCCUUCAGGCUUUGCCGCUCCCUCCUCUGCAGCUGCAUGAAGACGCCAUCUGGUGUCUGCAGGGAGUGAUCAUUGCACUCCCAUUGUGCACACAUGUAGUCGUCCGAGAGGACAUGGGAAGGAAGGAGUUGCUGCACUGGGGGAGGGUCUUGGGCUACUCACCUCUCCCCUUCUGCUGAGCUUCUGCGCACCCGUCCCUGGAACUUAGCAAUACUGUGUGACCUGCCUCUGAACGCUGGGUGCCUGGGGCACUGCCUUCUCACACCUGGCCUUGUCCUGUUCACCCUGUGCUGCUUCCCUUCACAGCAUUAACCUUCCAGUCUGGGUCCCGUUGAGUCUCAGGCUGGAAAGAGCCCCUGUGGGAGGUAGGUAGGGUUGGGUGGCUGCUUUCCUAGAGGCCUGAGCCAGAACUGUCCCCAUGGCUGUUGUGGUAUCUCCCCCUACCACAAACCAGGCUGGAACCUGAGCCCCUCCUUCCACAGCUGCCUUCAGUGGGUAGAAUGGGGCCGGGGCUCAGCUUUGGCCUUAGCUUAAAUGCAGGGCCCCUGCCAGUGGGGAAUGGUUUGGCUGUCACUCAGCUUCUACCAGUCAGCAGCCUGGGCCAGGCCCUCCUCUUCCUGCAUGUGCCACCUCCAGUGGGAAACAAAACUAAAGCGACCACUCUGUACCAAGUCCACUGUGCCUUAGACACCCCCUCCUGUCAUCCCCACUGCCCCCUGGACAGGAGGCAAUGGAAAGCCAAGCCCCAUGGCCUCAGAAUUUCCUCCCAGUUCCCCAAGUGUCUCUGGGGGCUUAAAGCCUUGGGGAUUAUGUUUUCUCUUGCCCAGGAUAGGCCUGGUCCUGAGGGCAGGAUCAGGGGUUUGGAGAUGUGGGCCUUUGACAGACCCACCUGGGCUUUCAUGCCAUGGACUGUGGAUGGAGAAUGUGCAGUUAUUUAUUACGUGUAUUCAGUUUGUAAAUGUAUCCUCUGUAUUCAGUAAACAGGCUGCCUCUCCAGGGAGGGCUGCCAUUCAUUCCAACA